CCCUCCCUCCGUGACAGAAAUGAUGGAAGAAUUGCAUAGCCUGGACCCCCAACGGCAGGAAUUAUUAGAGGCCAGGUUUACUGGAGUUGGUGUUAGUAAGGGGCCACUCAAUAGUGAGUCUUCCAACCAGAGCUUGUGCAGCGUGGGGUCCUUGAGUGAUAAAGAAGUAGAGACUCCUGAGAAAAAACAGAAUGACCAGCGAAACCGGAAAAGAAAAGCUGAACCAUAUGAAACUAGCCAAGGGAAAGGCACUCCUAGGGGACAUAAAAUUAGUGAUUACUUUGAGCGGCGAGUAGAACAGCCUCUCUAUGGUUUAGAUGGCAGCGCUGCAAAGGAGGUGUCGGAGGAGCAGUCUGCCCUGCCAACGCUCAUGUCAGUGAUGCUGGCGAAGCCUCGGCUCAACACGGAACAGCUGGCGCAGAGGGGAGCUGGCCUCUGCUUCACCUUUGUCUCAGCUCAGCAAAACAGUCCCUCAUCUACGGGAUCUGGCAACACAGAGCAUUCCUGCAGCUCCCAAAAACAGAUCUCCAUCCAACACAGACAGACCCAGUCUGACCUCACAAUAGAAAAAAUAUCUGCACUAGAAAACAGUAAGAAUUCUGACUUAGAGAAGAAGGAAGGAAGAAUAGAUGAUUUAUUAAGAGCCAACUGUGAUUUGAGACGGCAGAUUGAUGAACAGCAAAAGAUGUUAGAGAAAUACAAAGAACGAUUAAAUCGAUGUGUGACAAUGAGCAAGAAACUCCUUAUAGAAAAGUCAAAACAAGAGAAGAUGGCAUGUAGAGAUAAAAGCAUGCAAGAUCGCUUGAGACUGGGCCACUUUACCACUGUCCGACACGGGGCUUCGUUUACUGAACAGUGGACAGAUGGUUAUGCUUUCCAGAACCUUAUCAAGCAACAGGAAAGGAUAAAUUCACAGAGGGAAGAGAUAGAAAGACAACGAAAAAUGUUAGCAAAGCGGAAACCUCCUGCCAUGGGACAGGCCCCUCCAGCAACCAAUGAGCAGAAACAGCGGAAAAGCAAGACCAACGGCGCUGAGAAUGAAACGUUAACAUUAGCAGAAUACCAUGAACAAGAAGAAAUCUUCAAACUCAGAUUAGGUCAUCUUAAAAAGGAGGAAGCAGAGAUCCAGGCAGAGCUGGAAAGGCUAGAAAGGGUUAGAAAUCUACAUAUCAGGGAACUAAAAAGGAUACAUAAUGAAGAUAAUUCACAAUUUAAAGAUCAUCCAACGCUAAAUGACAGAUAUUUGUUGUUACAUCUUUUGGGUAGAGGAGGUUUCAGUGAAGUUUACAAGGCAUUUGAUCUAACAGAACAAAGAUACGUAGCUGUGAAAAUUCACCAGUUAAAUAAAAACUGGAGAGAUGAGAAAAAGGAGAAUUACCACAAGCAUGCAUGUAGGGAAUACCGGAUUCACAAAGAGCUGGAUCAUCCCAGAAUAGUUAAGCUGUAUGAUUACUUUUCACUGGACACUGACUCGUUUUGUACAGUACUAGAAUACUGUGAGGGAAAUGAUCUGGACUUCUACCUGAAACAGCACAAAUUAAUGUCGGAGAAAGAAGCCCGAUCCAUUAUCAUGCAGAUUGUGAAUGCUUUAAAGUACUUAAAUGAAAUAAAACCUCCUAUCAUACACUAUGACCUCAAACCAGGUAAUAUUCUUUUAGUAAAUGGUACAGCGUGUGGAGAGAUAAAAAUCACAGAUUUUGGUCUUUCCAAGAUAAUGGAUGAUGAUAGCUACAAUUCAGUGGAUGGCAUGGAGCUAACAUCACAAGGUGCUGGUACUUACUGGUAUUUACCACCAGAGUGUUUUGUGGUUGGGAAGGAACCACCAAAGAUCUCAAAUAAAGUUGACGUCUGGUCAGUGGGUGUGAUCUUCUACCAGUGUCUUUAUGGAAAGAAGCCUUUUGGCCAUAAUCAGUCCCAGCAAGACAUUCUACAAGAAAAUACUAUCCUCAAAGCUACUGAAGUGCAGUUCCCGCCAAAGCCAGUAGUAACACCUGAAGCAAAGGCGUUUAUUCGACGAUGCUUGGCCUACCGAAAGGAGGACCGCAUCGACGUCCAGCAGCUGGCCUGUGACCCCUACUUGCUUCCUCACAUCCGAAAGUCGGUCUCCACGAGUAGCCCUGCUGGAGCUGCUAUCGUGUCAACCUCGGGGGCGUCCAAUAACAGUUCUUCGAAUUGAGACCCACUCCCAGCCACAGACUGUUCGACACACACAGAGUGGACAAAUGGCGUUCAGCAGCGGGUUUGGAACAUAGCGAAUCCAAAUGGAUCUCAUGAAACCUGUACCAGGUGCUUUUAUUUUCUUGCUUUUUUCCCAUCCAUAGAGCAUGACAGCAUCGAUUCUCAUUGAGGAGAAAC